AUGCGCCCCGGUCAGUUCGUCACCACGCCCAACAGUACAAACGGUGCACCGCCCCCAUUCGUGUCCGACGACGAUGAAUAUGACUUGUCUGGUCCCGUUCCCCUCGCAUCGCCGCCCCAACACCAUCUCAACACAUACCCGUACGCCGAACAUACUGCCCGUCAGACGUCAGACGAUCACACACUGGAAGAAAACCAUAACCUCGUCGAGCUACUAGAGGCUGCGACAGCUGCGGGUCAGGCAGCAUAUGCUAUGGAUACUGGAGAUGCUGUAACGGCGACUCUCCCAUUACAGGAUAGAGGCAAGAGAAAAAGAGGUAUUAGCCCCCCGGCCGAGGAUGCAUCGCAUCAUACCGGUAGGUCUGUCAACUCUAAGCGACUUAGAAGUGGUGGACCUACCGAUCCUCGGCUUCGGGACCAAGGCCAUAAUGUGCAGGGUGACUCUGUCAAUGACGCUGUACCGCCUUCCAGCGAGUCUCUGUUGAACGAUGCCCGUGCCGCAGGCGUACACUCAGCUGCUGCUCUCUUCCGCCGCUCCUCCGAAAGAACGUCUCGCAAGUACACACGGCCGCCAAUGUCAAAGCUGUUCAUGUCCCUCCAGCUUAGUCCUGAGAACUUCCUUCAGCUACAAGCUUUAGCAAAAGGCUACAUGCUCGACACAUCACACCCUGAGCGGCAGAGCUGCGUUGGAAACCGUGGUAAAGGCGAUACAGAUAUGGUCAAGUUGCGGCUCUUCAACUGUGUCCGGGACUUCCUGAACGAAGGCGUUGGCGAGCAGUUCUUUGGCGAAGAUGUGGAGAAGCCGGGCGAGAAGGACGCGAUUGAAGCUGCUCGCGCACUUGGAGAAGAUAAGACUCCUGAUGCCGGAGAAAGACUGACAUGGCCAAGGGACGGCAACAAGAUUAUUAGUCUCGUUACUCCGUUGAUGCGACGAAUGGUCACGAACGAGCGGCAGCGGCAGUAUGCGAUCGAGACCAGAAAAGGUGGCGCGAAGAAGAGAGACAAAGAAGCUAGUGCUGAAGCUACGCUUCAGCAAGGUGAUGACGAUACAGGACGUGGAGUCGAGCAGCAUCCACAACCGGUUUUCGAUCGUAACCUGGAUCAUCCUGCGCUGUCACAGCUGACAGCUUCGUCGACACGACGCACAACUGCAACGCCUCAGCUUUCUUUCCAGGGGAAGGAUGGAACGUCAGACUCCAGAGAAGCGGCAGAAUCCAACGCAACCACACAGCCAAAUUUGAAGUUGCCCACGACCAGCCCUACGGAACCCAAUCUCUCGCACAUCAACAUCUUCCUCGUACUUGCCUCAUCGAGCGGCAAACCAGGCAUCAAGCUCGACGAGAAGCGCAUCAUAGCCGAAUCACAAGCACACUUGGCAUGGUACGAUUACAACGACUUUAUGCGAGAGGUCACCUUCCUCCUCAAGGCCGCCAGAGACAGAUACCCUGAACUCGACGUGGGCAUAGGGUCUCCGGACGUUGAGCCCGGCACAGACAACCUUCGUGGACUCGCUGCUGCCGCCAAUGCACUGCAAACGGAGCAUGCUCUACACGGAAUAUCUUCCCCAAUCAACGGUCUCCCUCAAUCAUCCGAAGAUGACAACGCUUCUAUCCUUCCCACACCCACUUCAGCAGUGAGCACUCGCCCCGUGUUCCCUGUCGACAGUCAUGCGGAAACCAAGUCUCUUCCCCGUCACGCUAUCAAGUCUAUUGGUCCACAGGGAUGGCGUGACAUUCGCAAUGCGGAUGAUUGGUAUAGUGUGCUGAGGGAGAAGGCAUUUGCUGUUUGGGCUGAUGGUGUGUGCAAUGUGCUUGUUGAGCUUGUAGACGUUGCUGGGGUGGUGGGGUAA